CAAUGUCGAACUUUUUCUUCGUUUCCAAGUUUCCACAGCUUUUGCUAUGUCCUUUGGGGAUGGAUCAGGGAGAAUGCAUCUCAAUAUUCGACACCCAUGACCUAACCAUGAGGACUUGUUCUUCAAUAAUAACGUCAAAUAUAAGCCUUGCUUUCCUAAUUUCCAUUAAUAUUUUAAUAUUAAGGGGAAACCUCGUUGAAACUUCUGCAUAAACAUAUUAUCCAUAUAUUAAAAUACUUGAAGUUUCUCCAUAGGAGUUGCUGUAGCUUCUGAAAGAGGUGAACCCAACAUGGGGAAGAAGCUUCGAAAUAAAACGAAGAAACAACAAGAGAAGCAUGAUCCAGGGCAUGACAGAAGAAGAAACAAUUUUGAUCCCCAAACUUCAAAUACAAAAAGGGAUGCAAUUGAAGAAAGAGCUGCAGAUGAUUUAAUUAGCAUGUUACCGGACCACCUGCUUCAACGCAUCAUUUCCUUACUCCCUUUGAGAGAUGCGGUGAGAACCGGUUUCCUCUCAACUAGAUGGAGAGGCCUUUGGAAAGCAGGACUUGAAACCCCAGAGAAAGAUGGAACUGUGGAUGAAAUUAGCCGGGAAAUUGGCUACUUCGUUGACGAUGCUCAUGAACUUGGUCUGUUAACUAGGGGUCAAGAAUUCAGCUCUAUCCUUGAUCUGAUAAAACAUUCUAGGAGGCUUCGUUUUAAUUUUGGGCAUUCUAGUUUCCUCCUAGCUACCAUUUUGUCUAAUGGGACUCUUCAUCUGGAUUUCUACUCUAAGAAGUAUAAAUCUCCCAUUGAUUUUGAUUUGCUUUUGAAGACUAAUUAUUUUCCCAGUUGGCCCUGGCGGUACAUACAUGAUGAUCCGUACAUUUCAACAGCUUCCCCUUCCAACUCUAUCAGGGCUCUCCAUUUAAUAGCAGUGACUAAUCUUACUAGUGAGGCAGUUUCUUCCAUACUCUCAAAAUUUCAUUUUCUUGAAAGCUUGAUAAUCAAAGAGUGCCAUGGAUUACAUUCUUUACGUGUUGAUGCCUGUUCUUACUUUUCACACUUGACGAUUUGGAACUGUCUCCAACUGAAGUCCCUUCAUUUUACACCUAGUGAAAUUAACAAAUUUCGGUUUCGUGGGCUCCUUCCGAGCUUUACUUAUGGAUCUUUUGGCCAUCGAUAUUUCCCAGACAUGGAAGAUGCCAUGCUUGAUUUUAGAGGAGGCCCAGGCUAUGAUUAUUUUACAGACAUGCAUUGGGACUCACUUAUAUCAGCCAUUAGAAGUGUUCGAAUUCUUACUCUAUGCAGGUGGACUUUUGAGGCAGUGAUCAGACAGCGGCCAAGACCAACCUGGCUAAGAGAUCCAACCUUUGAGUUCUAUAGAUUAGAAGAGUUACAGUGGAUCGACAAUGCAGUAGACAAACACAGCGUUGAUGCUCUCAUCUCCUUCCUGAAAAAAUGUCCUUCGUUGCAAAAACUAUACAUUAACAUUGACCCCACAAGUUACAGCAGCCCGAGAGCAAGAUACUCAAUUCAAGAUUUUGAUUGCAAAAGAUUACAUUUUCUUGAAGUUGUUCAGUUGGGGGGCGUAAUGAAAGCAUGUGACAUGAUGUUGCUGGCUGCUCGUUUACUUGAUGUGGCCACUAAGAGGACGAAGAUCAUAGCAAAAUCAAAUGAGAACCAGAUAUGGAAAUUGGAGGAGGUAUCUUUGUCUCAGCUGUGGCAAUCAUGUGGAGAUCAGAUGUUGGAAUUAUAUAGGGAUGGAAAAACAGAGUCUCCCUUAUUGCAGGAAGGGAUGAAACGCUACAUGUUUGUGGAAGUAAAUGAAGAGGAGAGUGGCAAGCUAUGUUCCAAACAUGCUCAUGCUGACAUGUAAAUGUAUCUUUUGUCCCAAACUAUUCUUGUGUUAGAAACCAAUUUCAGUGUAACAUUUUGGUUAUAUUUAUCAAAUGUCAAACGAUGUUUCUUGCUCCCAUAAUUUUGAGCCAUGUUAAAUCAACUAUGUGAAAAGCUCCUUUGCAGUCUCAGAAUUUGUUUUUCUUUUCCCUUUUUCACUACCCUCCAAUACAUGAGCAGCAUAUGUACUAAAUGGUGGAAGUCACAACCAUGGAAGACGUGCAGUUUCAUCUCAUUAGUAAAAGAGCUAAGACCAGCACGAGGAAGAACGGAAACAAGAAGAAAAAUCAACACAGAAGGAAUAUGUAUGAUUCUGAUACUACAAAAGCUGAAAAGCAGAUGCCAUGCUUGACUUUAGAGGGGACCCAAGCUACUGUGUCUUUCAGUACAUGGAUCUGGAUUCAGUAUCAUCAUCCAUAACACAUGUUCGAAUUCUUACACUGAGUGGAUGGAGUCCUUUUGAUGUAUGUUUCAGUGGUUACACAAAACCUAAGUGCACCCUAGUUUUGAUUGUUUUGGUUUUUUAUUCCACAUGAAAAUCUUGUUUCUGAAUUACUUGCUGCAGGCAGCGAUUGGACCGACGCUGUCCACAAGACCUUCAACCUUUCUAUUCCAUGAAUUAAAAGAGUUAUGGUGGAUUGAUAACUCCCUGGACAAAUACGACAUUGAUGCUCAGCUUUCCUUCCUGAAAUUAUGUCCUUCCUUGGAGAAACUCUUCAUAACUGUGAGUGUCUUUCUAACACAUUUUUCUUGGCUAACUUCCUCAUUGACCACCUUAAUCACUGAUCCUGAUCAUAAUGCUGUGUGUCCUGCCAAUGAAAUUUUCAGAUUGAUCCUAGAAGCUAUGGCACACCAAGCAGAAGUGAAUGCCAAGUGAAGUAGCUGGAUUUAAAAGAUUGCGUCAUCUUAAAGUUGUUAAAUUGGAGGGAGCAAUGAAUGAAGAGGACAAGGUUUCAUUGAUAGAGUUGGUGAGUGUGGAACCAUUAAUCGUAGCAAAAUCACAUGAAAGUCGGAUAUGCAGAUUGGCAGAGGUCCCUAAGGAUCAGAAAAGGCGACAAUGUUAUAAGUUUGUGGAAGUAGAAGAAUGUAGUAGUGAGCUAUGUUUUAAACAUGCUCAUAUAGAUAUAUGAAAGCAAACUCCUUAGCAAACAAUCUUUAUUUCAAA